AUGCCCCAAUUCGUCUUCAUCGAACUACCUGGCUUCCGCGUCAAGGAUGCGAGUGGUCACACCGUUAGCCUAGGCUCUAGGGAUAAGGGGUUAAUGGUAGCGCUUUACCAUUAUGUCCGCAGCGGAAUUCGCACAGUCGAGUACUGCGACCUUUCGGCCUCCCUGCUCUUCGCGGGCGGCGAGCCAGACCUCUGGACGUCAUCUAACACGGCUCAUGGUCUGCACGCCGAGGAGAACAUGCUGUUCAGCUAUUUCCAAUCGUUCGACUCGCCCGGCGCCUAUCCGAUCGUAGACGCCCUUCUACUGUCGCACAAGCCCUGCAGCAACUGCAUGAACUACUUCACCCAGUCCGGUAGUGGGCAACAUCUCAAACCCGGCGGCGGCAUCGCGCCGUUCCGCGCCAAGUUUACCCCCCGCUCCGACCGGCAGUACACCCCAGUCUUCUACAUCGAGCGCCGGCUUGACGCUGCGCAGCGGGCAGACCUAUGGUUUCAGCUCGGUAACAUGUGGGCGGCCGAGUUUGGCGACGUGAUCAUCAGCUCGCCUGAGGUUGCUCGGGGCCAUGCGUACUGGGUCAUGCAGGACAGCCCCUGGUAUGCCAUCAAUGAUCAGGAAAACAUGAGCGACGCCGAAAUUGUGCAGGCGAUCCAAGCACAGGGUGCGAUUAUUACUUAUUGGAUUGGUCGUUAG